AUGAUCCAGACGUCGCUCCGCCAUCUCCUCUCCAGGCGCGUUCUCCAGAGGAUCCCAUUUAUAGCGGCUGGUUCGAGUUCUCGUCGAGGAUUCUCGCAUCCUUCCGAGAAUUCGAGCUCGUUUGCUGAUCCUCGACCUGACGACGAAAGGGACGUGAACCACCAGGGUUCCGAGGCCGCGACGACGAUCUCUGUCGAUCGGUCUGGGUUGAUCAAUCCUAUCCGUGCGUCGUGAUCUCCCUGAUUUGUUUUGGGCUUUUUUUUCCCGUUCGGAAUACAAAAUGUCUUUACACUUUCUUUCUUGCUCGGAUCUGCAGAGCAUUGCUACGAGCCUUCCUCUGAUUCGGAGCUCGUCAAGCAUCUCAAGAGUAUAAUCAAGGUCGGGUAGCUCCCUUUUCGCUCUCUCAUUUUCUUCGUUUUUUCAGUCAUAAUGCGAUUUUUUUUAACAGUGCUUCUUGAUGCGGCUCUUGUGGUUAAAUUCUUUAAUAAUUGAUAUUCGAAAUUCCUUUAACUUUGUUUAUCAGUUUCGCGGGGGUCCCAUUUCAGUUGCAGAGUACAUGGCGGAAGUUCUCACGAAUCCUAAAUCAGGGUUUUACAUCAACCGAGACGUCUUUGGAGCUGAGGGUGAUUUUAUUACUUCACCGGAAGUUAGCCAGAUGUUUGGAGAGGUAAUAAAAUGUCGAGUGAUGCUGCCUCUCAUGCUCCUGUAGUCUGAGAAUAUGUUUUCCUGAAAAAGCUGGCUGAUACCACUUCUUUCGUCAAACAAGUUGCAGCUUUUAUCAUGUGAUGGAUGGAUUCUUGGCCUUUUAUUCAGAAGGGUUCAAAAUACAAGAUUUAUGAACCUGUAAAUUGUGUUAUAAUCAGAUUGGAAAUUCCCAUGUCUGUCUUUUGGUCUUUAGGUGGCAUGGUUACGUUUGAGAAUCACAUUAUUUAUAAAAAAAAUUGUUUCCGCAUUGUUAUUUGAACUCAUAGUGACAGAUAUUGAUAUGCUUACUCGUGAACUUUCUUAGAUGGUUGGUGUCUGGGCAAUGUGUCUCUGGGAGCAGAUGGGACAACCAGAGGAGGUUAACCUAAUUGAGCUUGGUCCAGGGCGAGGAACUCUGAUGGCUGAUCUUCUCCGAGUACAUCCAUUUCUUCAUUUCUUUUUCGUUUGGACACAUUUCUCUGCAGAUUUUUUUAUCAGAAAACUUUUAAAAAAAGAUUGAUGGUCUUAGUUUUAUUAAUUCGUUUCUAAUCCCCUUUCUCAGUGUAGUCGUCAAGUAGCCCUGAUGUAAGUGGAUCCUUCUGUUGCAGGGCGCGUCAAAGUUCGAAGCGUUUACCAAGUCUUUGAGGAUACACCUAGUAGAGUGUAGUCCCACAUUACAGAAGCUUCAAUCUGAAGCCUUGAAGUGUCUGGAUGAAGGCAACACCACUGGCAGCAGCACUAAGAGUGCAAUCAGCUCACUGAUCGAGGCUCCCAUCACAUGGCACAGUGCAUUUGAUCAGGUUCCGUCAGGCGGUAUGUACCCGUGUUUUCUUAGCAUCAUUCUUUUGCCGGUUCAUGGUAGUGACAUCUUGUUUUCUAUUGCCUCAUCCGUAAUUUCCAGUUAGAAUUAUGACUACCACACCUGCGUAUUUGAGUGGAUUUUCGUAUCAGAUGAAAGCUUUAUAAGUGGAAUCUUAGUGUAUAGAAUCAGAACCUUGGAUUUCGUCUUGUUGAGUCAAUGGCAUUCGUCUCUGAUGCUUAGACUUGGAUCCAUCAUUUCCAUACUUGUCAUUAUGCUGCAUACUUUAUGCAUGAUAUUUAAUCUGCAUUUUUCUUCAUCAAAUUGAAUGAUUUUUUUUCAUGUUAGGACCUAAUAUGGGGAAAAAUGAGCUGGAUUGAAAUCCACUAUUUAGCGAGUCAGGCCUCAUUAAAAACAAGGCAUUCCUUGAGGAGACAAUAACUAUGAGAACCGCUUGAAAAAAGCUUGUUGAAAACACUAGUUUGUUUUGAGGGCCAAUCAUACCAGACGUAGAGCUCUAGAUGACAGGGUGAGGCACGUAAUACAAAGCAUAAAGUUAUUUCUGCAUGUGAAUUGAGUUAUCUCUGUUUUCUUUGUGGCAUUCAUUAAGAAUGAUCUGGAAUUCGUGAGAGUUCUGAGAGAUUGGUUUUACAUCGAAGACCACAUAUUCAUCUUCUCUCUCUCUCUCUUUCUCUCUCUCUCUCUUUCUCUCUCUCUCUCUCCUUUCUCUCUUUAACUAUCUCCAUCUUGUCUGGUUUACCUAUGUGAAAUUCGCAAUCACAACUAGUUUUUUUGAGACAGUUGAGAUGAACGACCUGGAGAUAUGGAGAAUACUGAAAUAUGCCUUCACCGUAAAAAUCUCCUCAAUUGGAUUUCCUGGAUAUGCUAUUUUUUCAGCUGAUCUGGUAUAAGAUGAUGUAAGUGAUGCAAGUGUCUUCAUGCUGAUGGAUGGACAUAGAAAUCAUAUUGAACGUCUGGUUCAGGAACACGCAGGCUCUGUGUAGAUGUACAGUAAUUAUAAGAGCUCUCUCGAGCUUUGAUAAUGCAAGAUUGAUAGAGCAACUUCCCACCUUUCAGCUGGGUUCGGUCUUAUUUCAUGACUACAUAUUUCUAUGCGAUGAAUUGAGUGAUGCCUUGAGUUAAUUCUAUUCAUAUUUUGGUGUUUCAGCUUAGUCUUUCUCUCUCUGACAUGGUUCUUCUAUUCCGUUUCCCCUCAGUGCCAACCAUUGUGAUUGCUCAUGAGUUUUAUGAUGCCCUCCCAGUUCAUCAGUUUCAGGUUUCUCAGUCAAACUCACUCUGAGUCGUCUAUCUUAAUUUUUCCAAUCUUUUAUCUUGUCCAGAUGAUUAUUUAAAUAAAUUAAUCUCCAGAUGCCGGAUAUUAUAGUAUGAACUUUGCAGAGAGCCUCUCGUGGAUGGUGUGAGAAGAUGGUUGAUGUUACCGAAGAUUCAACGUGAGGAUUCAUAAGCCCCAUUGAUCAGAUCUUGAACGCUCAGAGUACUUCCUAGUCAACGGGCUCUCUCUCUCUCUGUCUCUCUGUUGCAGGUUCCGCUUCGUUCUCUCUCCUCAGCCCACUCCCGCCACGCUCCUCUACCUGAUGAGGCGUCUCAAGUGGGCCGGCGCUGAGGAGUUUACCCAGCUGGAGCACAUUGAGGUCUGCCCCCAGGGAAUGGAGUUGACCGAGGCGAUCUCAAAGAGGGUGGGCUCUGACGGUGGCGGGGCCCUCAUCAUAGACUACGGUCAAAAUGGAAUUGUUUCAGACAGUCUGCAGGUCCCAUCAUUUCUCCCUAGAAGAUGCCUGAUAAUGCUCAUAGAACACCAAACGAAUCACAUCCUCCUCUUGAUCCCUCUGCAGGCCAUCAGGCGGCACAAAUUCGUCAGCGUUCUAGAUGAUCCCGGGUCAGCCGAUCUAAGCGCUUACGUGGAUUUCGCCAUGGUCCGAUGCUCUGCCGAAGAAGCCUCCGGUACUCUCUCUCUCUCUCUCUCUCUCUCUCUCUCUCUCUCUCUCUCUACCCAGCUGACGGGAGAGAUGUCAACCUGCCUGCAGAGAAUGUGUCGGUUCACGGGCCGAUCACGCAGUCCGAGUUCUUGGGCUCUCUGGGCAUAAACUUCCGAGCGGAGGCCCUGCUGCAGAGCUGCACUGAGCAGCAAGCUGAGGCCCUGAGGGCCGGCUACUGGCGGCUGGUCGGCGAUGGGGAGGCCCCCUUCUGGGACGGCCCCCAGGAACUGGCACCCAUCGGCAUGGGAACUCGUUACCUGGCCAUGGCCAUCGUCAACAAGAACCAGGGCCCCCCAAUUCCCUUCCAAUGA